AUGUCCUUGAGGGACCACUUCAACACCAAAAACGACAUUUUGAAGUUCCCCGUCGAAUCCACCCAUUCUUACUCAUACGCUCAUCUAUCGCCCAAUUCCUUGGCACUACGCUUGAAUGUGUUAAGAAGGUCUCUCCAGAUUCUCCGUGACCGUCCCGCAUUGAUCAGCGCCAUCAACAACAACGUCACUAACGACAAGUUCCAUGAGUUCAAAAAUACCUUCAACUACUCCAUGACUCCGCUUCUGAGACAGGUUCUGUCAGACAGCGCCUCAAUCACCCAAAAGUCUAACUUGCAAACAAACGCCCUGUCAGCAGCAUUGGCGGCAUUAUUCCGUCCGUCCCUACAACGGUCAGAUAGUUUCCCGGUGGAUGAGAUUUAUUCCAAGACCAAAUCCAAGACCCCAAAUACUAAGGUUCCGGAGAACCAGGUUUACUCGGAUGAUAUGACCGAUAUCAUCGAAUUACUUGAGAUGAGUGAUUCCAAUAUAUCUAAAAACAAGGACUUCGCCUCCACCUUGCAUGACUUGUCCUUGAAUCAGGAUAACCACAAACUCAAACAUGCUGCAUUGAAAAGCAAAUUGAUGUACGCAUUAUCCACUCCAUUUGUUGAUACAACCGUAAUGACCACAUCAGGAACUGACAGUGGUGCCAUGUCACCCAUAAUCCACCCGUCAACUUUGGCUCUUAAUCUCCUCAGCAACAACCAAGGCCUUAUGCAACCAAGUACGAGUCCAAACCCUGUGACUGGCCAAGGUCAAUUUGCAUCCAAUCAUUUGGCAAACUCCAAUAGACCGUACCACUCGAUUUCCUCCGGGAAACACGCAUUACCCCAGUCCAUCUUCACGAUCGACUGUGACUCGCCUUGGUCGGUGAAGGCUGCCAAUGACUUGGCAUGUUUGAUGUUUGGAGUGCUGAAAAAUAUGAUCAAGUCGUUGACGUUAAUGGACUUGAUUGCUCCUCAAUUCAGAGAGUUUGUCACCGACAGAAUUACUCGAUGUUUGAGUGGGUUGUAUAAGAUCCAGACGGUGCUUCCAAAUACAGAGAUCAUUUUUGCCGGUGAAAUCGUUGCCAUUAGUCGACCAGGGGAUAAAGGGUAUGCAUGGACAUCGAUUUGGGCCAAAAAGCGUGGGAAUUUGAUCAUAUUUAUGUUUGACCAAAUCCCCUGUGAUGCCUUUGAUGUGGUGAUCCGCCGAGACUUGAACAAUGUCAGCCAGUCGAGUGACUUUGAAGUGGUUUCCAAACGAACCAUCGCUGGUAACUUGGCCUGGUCUGAAAGCUGUCAGUACGCAAACCUUUCAGAUAUCAGUGAGACCAUGGCUGCCUUUAUCAAUGAAUCGCUCCAACAGGAUUUGGAACGGUAUGUGUCCGUGUCGGGAGAAGUCAGUACCACCUUGACCACCACUGAAAGCGAACGGCUCAACUCCAGGAGAUAUUUCACUUUACGCAUCGACAACGAAAACAUUCCGUGUGCAGUUACAUCCAACCCUAUUGAUAUCCACCGCAAUACGUUUGAAAUGAAGCUCAAAAUCCACUCUUUACCCUACAUUGCUGGGAUCUUUGUCAUCGACUCUCAAUCCCUUCGUCUCGUGUCCUGCAACAAUGCCAUUGCCCGAAACCUUUUCGGAUGGUCUUCGAUCGACUUGGUGGGCCAGUCUAUAGACUGUAUUGUCAGCGACUUCAGCCAUAUUUUCCAUUGCGGAUUGAACGAUACGAGCUCCGACUUUUCAGUGGUCCCUGGGCUUGUGCUACCCGACCAUUUCUUCAGAAGAUACAGCUGUGUGUACAAAGCUACCUUAGAUCCUACCUAUGACGCCGCAACCCAAUUUAUCGGUUGUAAAGGUCUCACCGCGAAGCACAUGGAUGGGUCUGAAUUUUUCAUCGAUAUCCAGUUGAGAGUUAGUGCGUUGGAUACUUAUGUUUUAUGGGUAACGUACUCGAGACAAACAUACCAGCCUCGUACAGCUGAAGAUGGCGAUAAUACGAAAUCCAACCCUGAUACGGGCUCAUUGAAUAGCCUUAGGCCCGUUUCCAAACGGGUGCGACUGAUGAGUGGUGAUGAAACACCUAGUGGCUUCACCAGCCUUCCGUCACAGUUGAGCUUAUUUGACAAGGGUCAGGCCCUACUUACCGUCACAGGAGACAUUGUACGGCACAAAAGCACCCGGAACCCUAAGCCCAGUGGCCGAGUGGGUAAGAAAACCAGCCUAGACCCUGGCACCAGAGGAAGUUCCACUCACAGCACUUCGACCCAUGACGACUCGGUGCUCUCAGAAAUGGCUAACUCGUCAGUCAAUACCUGCAUCAGUUCCAUUGUCGAUGAAUAUGAUGAACCCACACCAGAACAGUUCACAACCCUGUCAUCGCCUUUCUUCGGCACCAAAGCCCAACAGGACCAAAUAGCCCAUGAAACAGCGCAAAUCGAGGCAAAUGCCCUUGCUUGUAGCAACUGGCCUCUGGAAAUUGGAGUGAAGAGAAGAAGUAAGAAGAUAGACGAGUUCAAAGUUGUCCGUGACAUGGGAGAAGGUGCGUAUGGGAAAGUCAUCUUGGCCCAGCAUAAUACCGACAAGGCGUACGAGAUCAUCAUCAAAUGUAUUGACAAGGAGAAGAUCUUGGUCGAUACGUGGGUGCGAGACCGUAAGUUGGGUACUAUUCCCUCCGAGAUCCAGAUCAUGGCCACUCUCAUGAGUGAGUUGCACCCAAGCAUCAUGAGAAUCGUUGAUUUUUUCGAGGACGAACAAUAUUACUACCUCGAAACCCCCAUCUUUGGCAACCCUCCUGGCAUCGAUUUGUUUGACUACAUAGAGAUCCGCAAAGACAUGACCGAGGUGGAGUGCCAGUUCAUCUUCAAGCAGAUCGCCCUGGCAGUAUUCCAUCUCCACAAGCACGGCAUUGUCCACCGGGAUAUCAAGGAUGAAAAUGUGAUUGUGGACGAAAGAGGUAUCAUCAAGUUGAUCGACUUUGGCAGUGCUGGGUACACAAAACUGGGCCCUUUUGAUGUGUUUGUAGGAACCAUCGACUACGCAUCGCCAGAAGUGUUGCGCGGUGAAAAGUACGACGGCAAGCCCCAAGAUAUAUGGGCACUUGGGAUCCUUUUGUACACAAUACUUUACAAAGAAAACCCAUUCUAUAACGUCGAUGAAAUCAUGGAAGGUGAUCUCCGAUUACCUGGUAUAGUUAGUGAUGGAGCCAUCAAUUUGAUCAAGAAGAUCUUGGUGAGACCCAUCGACAGUCGCCCCACCAUCACCGAUGUUCUUGAGGACGAUUGGUUACAAUGAGACACGAAGAUAGACACAUGUGGCAAAAGUAUAUGAUAUAUAGUAUAUGAUACAGUAUUAUAUAGCUGCAAAAAGAGUUGGCGGUAAGCAGCGGCCAUCGACGGGUGGUGGCGGCGCGCAGCCAUCCAUCAUU